AUGAAAAACAAGUAAUAGAAAAAUUUGGUGUAAAUUCAAACAAACUUCUUGAUUUAUUUUCCUUAACUGGUGAUGCAUCUGAUAACAUUCCAGGUGUUCCAGGGAUAGGCCCAAAAACUGCAGCUAAACUGCUGGAUGAAUUUGAUUCGUUGAAUAACAUUAUAGAAAACAUUGAUAACAUCGAACAAACGAGGGUUCGUAAUAUCCUUACUGAACAUAAAGAGAAAGCACUAACUUCAAGAGAACUUUUAUUACUAUGCGAAAAAGUAGAUCUUCAGCAUGAUAUUGUAAAAUAUGAAGUUCAUCCUCCAAAUAUGGAGAAAUUGUUGUCCUUUCUAAAGAAGUAUGAGUUUAAUUCAUUGAUAAACAAAGCAGAGAAGCUUUUUUCCUAUAAUAAACCCAGCGCGGAAAAGAAACUAGAAUAUAGUAGUGAGGAAUUAGAAAAAUUUUUGGGAUAUUGCAGAUAUGGAGGCAAAAUUGCAAUUCAUUGCCACUUUGAAAACAACGCGUUAAACAAAAUCUCUUUGUCUUGCAGUGAAGAUAAUAUUUUUUAUGUAGAGCGAGACAGUAUACAAGAUGCACUCAUUACAAUCAACUCAACUUUACUCUCAAAUGGGGUGCUUAAAAUAAUACAUAACAUUAAAGAGAUGAGAAAAAUCUUCCCUGCAGUGGAGAAGAUGCUAGAUUCAGUUGAUGAUUUGAUGAUAAUGUCAUAUAGCUUAGAUACAGGAAAACACGACCACAGCAUUCCAAACAUAGUUGCGUAUAAUUUGAGUGAAAAUGCAGAAGUUUUUUCAGCAAAAACUUUAAUAGCGAUCCAUGAAAAGCUAACACAAAGAUUGUUCCAGGAAAAGCUUUUUACAAUUUACGAGCGCUUCGAUAAGCCACUUAUGAAAGUAAUAUUUGAUAUGGAAAAAAAUGGAAUACUACUGGACAUACAAAAAUUACAGGAGCUAUCCGAUAAAUUUCAGCAGGUAAUUGCCGUGCUUGAAGAUGAGAUAUAUAACUUAGCAGGGGAAAGAUUUAAUAUUGCUUCGCCAAAACAAUUAAGUGAUAUUUUAUUUAAUAAAAUGGGGCUAAGUAAAAAGAAGAAGUCAAAAUCUGGGUCUUAUAGCACAAACUCUGAAAUUCUAGAGGCACUCGAAGAGGAAGGAGCAGAAAUCGCAGGUAAAAUUUUAAGCUGGCGACAUUUAAGUAAAUUAAAGGGUACCUACACUGAUGCAUUAAUAAAGCAAGUUGAUCCACUUGACGACAGAAUACACACAAAUUUUUCGAUAACUAUAACUGCAACUGGAAGACUUAGCUCCAGCAAUCCUAACUUACAAAAUAUUCCUAUCAGAAGCAAAGAGGGAAAUUUUAUCAGGCAAGCAUUUGUUGUGCCAAAAGGGUGCAAGAUGAUCUCUGCUGACUAUUCACAAAUAGAAUUGAGACUCUUGGCACAUGUUGCAAACGUUGCAGCAUUUAAAGAAGCUUUUGCAAACAGACAAGAUAUUCACGACAUCACUGCAAGGCAAGUCUUUGGAGUGCAAGAAAUAGAUGAACAAUUAAGGCGCAAAGCAAAAUCUAUCAAUUUUGGGAUUAUAUAUGGCAUUAGUCCGUUUGGCCUCGCAAAACGACUUGGAAUCACCACUGCGGAAGCUGCUGAAUACAUUAAUUAUUAUUUCUCUUGUUACCCAGAGAUAAAGAUCUACAUGGAAAAAGUAGUGUCUAUUGCAAGGCAACAUGACUAUGUAGAAACCUUGUUUGGUAGGAGAUGUUUUGUAAGAGAUAUACACAAUAAAGUUCCUUACAUGAGACAAUUUGCAGAAAGGGCAGCAAUAAAUGCACCGCUGCAAGGAACUGCUGCUGAUAUAAUAAAAAGUGCAAUGAUUCGACUUUUUGAUCAGUUAAAAGCUG